CGUUGUGCCUGCACCUCCCACCACAGCCAGAAGCCCUUCUCCUGACAAAGCCCCGGAGCUGCCUCAUCCCACGGCCUGUGCUGUCCGGUUCCCGGGUGGCCCCCGCACCGGCUCCGGGAUGGUGGCAGCAGCCUGGAGGACUCGACAGGCCUUCCUCCCGGGCGGGUCCGGCGCCACACUUCCCUGACCAGACUCGGCCCACCCGUGCGCCAGCCCCUGGACGCCCGAGACCACCGGAGGUACCAGGCUCAGGGUGGCUCGCGCCGAACGCCGGGAGAGGAAGACCGGCCCCCGGUGCCCCGAGGCCCACAAGGCCCCGCGCCGGCCUGGCCCCGCCCCCCAGCCCGCACCGCGGCCUCGGGUUGGCCGCGCGACUUCCGCUUCCCUUGUGGGCGCCACCGCGGGCUGUCAGGGAGCAGGGGCGCCGCAGCCCCGCCGCCCCGCCAAGAGCGGCGGGGCCCGUUCGGCAUGCGGCAGGACAAAGCCAGCGCCGGUGCGUCGAGCGGCGACGUGCGGGAAGGGCCGGAGGCCGGCCUGGAAGCGGAGGCGGCGAAGCUGCUGCCCUUUCUGGCGCCCGGCGCGCGGGUGGACCUGCAGGCCGCAGCGGCACAACACGUGCUGGCACUGACCGGCGCGGAGUCAGGUCGUCAGCUGCUGGCCGGGCAGGAGGCGCUGCUGCACGCACUGACUGAGCUGGCGGCGGCCUCGGCCCCGGCCCCAGCCCGCGACGCCGCCCGCGCGUUAGUGAACUUGGCGGCUGACCCCAGCCUGCACGAUCCGCUGCUGGCGGCUGACCCCGGGCUGCCGGCGCGUCUGCUGGACCGUGCGUUGGACCCCCAAUGGCCCUGGGCUGAGGAGGCGGCCGCCACGCUGGCCAACCUCAGUCGCGAGCCAGCGCCGUGUGCCACGCUUAUGGCGGCGCUGGCAGGAGUCGAGACAGGGCAGUCGACCUUGGAGCGGUUGGUGUGUGCCCUGUGCACGCGCGGCUACAACGCGCACGCGCCCCUGCAUUACCUGGGGCCGCUGCUCUCCAACCUUAGCCGGUUACCAGCGGCGCGUGCCUUCCUGCUGGACCCUGACAGGUGCGUGGUCCAGCGGCUGCUGCCCCUUAUCCAAUGUUCAGACUCCGCAGUGCGCAGGGGCGGGGUGGUAGGGACGCUUCGAAAUUGCUGCUUUGAGCACCGACACCAUAAGUGGUUACUUGGACCUGAGGUCGACAUUCUUUCCUUCUUGCUCCUGCCUCUGGCAGGGCCUGAGGAUUUUUCGGAGGAAGAGAUGAACCGGCUGCCUGUUGACCUGCAGUACCUGCCGCCAGAGAAGCAACGUGAACCUGAUGCUGACAUCCGCAAGAUGCUCAUUGAAGCCAUCAUGCUGCUGACAGCCACCGCACCUGGUCGGCAGCUGGUACGGGACCAGGGAACCUACCUGAUCCUUCGAGAGCUGCAUAGUUGGGAGCCAGAGCCUGAUGUGCGGGUGGCUUGUGAAAAGCUCAUCCAGGUGCUAAUUGGAGAUGAGCCAGAAUGUGGCAUGGAAAACCUGCUGGAGGUGCAGGUACCUGAGGAUGUGGAACGACAGCUGCAGCAGCUAGACUGCCAGGAGCAGAAGCAGUUGGACCGGGAGCAGCAGGAGCUGGCCCAAGAGCCGAGGGCAGAGGGGACUGUACCCACCUGAGGUUCCUUCAGCAUAGCAGUCCGCAGCCACCUUUGCCAGGCUUCCCAGACCAGACCUACCUACAGGCCUUCAAAUCCCCUGUGCUCCCUGAGAAGCAGAGCUACACUUAGGCUAGGGGGACAGCUCAGUAAAUGUCAGAGGUUAGAGGUCACUUCCCAACCCUAUGUCUUGUUGAUACCAGUAAGAAUAAAGGUUGAGCUGAAGCCAACCAGGCCCUGUGCCACAACUGUCUUCUCAUGAAGCAGAUAGGUGGUGGCCAGUGGAGCCAUGAGGAACCUAUUCUCAGGCCAGAUGGUGGGACUGGACAGAAAACAUUGCAUGUCCUGAAGAGGCUAUUCUGCAAAGUCUGAGCAUGGGCAGGGUCAGAGGUUUAAGCAAUGUCCCCUGCUGUCAACCCCAUCCCCAGGGGCCCUCUGCUUGCCCUGCCUGAGACCUGGCCUCAGAGGGCUGACUCAGCCACACCUGGAUGCUGGGGUCUUCCUAGGACUGUGCUCCUGGGCCUGUCCUUGGAGCACUUGCUGGGUACUACUUCCUCUGUGAUCUCCAUCUCCCUGCUUGACCUGUGCCUCAGGGUCCUCAGCCUCUAGUCAGCUCCUCCAGUCCCAGGCCAAACUGAUGCUCUUACCUCUGAACCUGCCCAUGCUCAGACUUUGCAGAAUAGGCUCUUCAGGACAUGCAAUGUUUUCUGUCCAAUCCCACCACUUGGCCUGAGAAUAGGCUCUAGCUAGGCCUGCUCCCUGGUCAGCUUCCCUGAACCUCAGCUGCCCUUCAAGACAUCCGGACCCUGUUCCCCAGUGCCUUGCCUACAAGGGGCUACUGUAUCUGCAGCCUUGUUCCAUUUAAGCCGCUCCUCCCACCA